GUUCAACUUGCAAGUUGCAGGCUGAGGCAGCCUUUCCUGAGGAAGUUUUGGGAAGCUCCAUAUGGCACCCCAUGCUACCGUAGCCUGUUCAAUUGCGCCUCUUUCCACGGCACCUUUGCUCUAUUUGCCAUACAGGAUGGUCUUCUUGAAGCUGAUCUGGUAGCCUAUAAUCAGCUGCGAAUGGCAGCCUUGGAGCGCUGAAUUGGCGCAUUUCUGUUGUUGCUGGGGACUCAAAAUUCUUGAAAAGCCACCAUGCAGGUUCUCAUGAAAGUGCUCCUCAUAGGGUUUUCCUCGCUGCCGCUCUUUGCGGCUCUGUGCUGGUUGCUGACUCUAGGGUGCAGGCUGGCAGUUUUCGGGCCUUGUGGACCUUGGAGCUUUGAGAAUCACCAGCUAACCUUAGCAAAGAGCUGGUUCGAUAUAAGGUCUCCCUGGGAACCCUAGCCAUAGCCAGAGGUUUUCAGCGGGUCAGUGCAACCACUAGUCUUUCAAUCAGGCCGUAAGCUCCUGCAUUGGAGAACCCUACAUUUUCUAGAACCCUUCGUUAGCUUUCCCAGCUUUUUGGUCCUUGUUGUACAAUACACGUAAGCUGGUAGAUGUGUACAUGUUGUAAACAGUGAAGCAAAUGAACGCUGAUGUACGGGAGGGCUGGGAGGACCGGUUCGUUGAUUCAGCCUAUCCAACAGAAAUGGACAAUUGGCCGCCAGUUUCAGAAGCAGUAGAAAGGAGCCCCCCUUCUCAAAGCUCAGUGUUUGAGGAGAAGCUGUCCUGCAGAGCUGAGACCACACCCUUAAAAGAGCCAUUGCACACAAGCGACUCCCAAAUGAGUGAUGAUGGCCCAAGCAGACCUAGAAUUGGCGAAUUGCAUGCAGAGAAGCCUUACGAGGGUCUGACAGAGCAGUCUGGGAGGCAGAAGGCAUCAUUGGCGGUGCCUUGGGUGCCCGAAACGGCGCUUGAUUGCGGAGUUUCUAGUGAAUCUAGUUCGCUUGACAUAGCAUUUAUUGACAGCCAGGGUCCUGGGCUCAAUGUGGAUCUAGACUGGGAGGCAUGUUGCGACGACUCAGACGAGGGCGAGAGCGAGCGAGGGGAUGCGCAGCGUCUCUUCAGGAGAGUGGGGCCAGGGGUCGAGGAUGACAUCACUGCUGGGUGUGGUCAUCAGAAUGUGGAGGACAGGUGGUUUGGGGGAGGCAUUGCGAAUGGUGCAAAUGGGGGUUUGGAGGACAGCUUGGAAGAAGGGGGGGAGGGGGAGGGUGCAUUCGAAAGUGGCUGCUCAGGGAGAGUCGUGCAUAAGAGCCAAAGGGACGUGCAUAAGAGCGUGGACAUAAGAGACGCCGACUGGUGGCGAGACGUCCCGAUCGACUUGUCCGACUGGCCCGACAGUCAGCGGUACGCGUGUCACGAAAAGUACGAGGUUUCGGAGCGGAUCGGCGAGGGGACGUUCGGCGCCGUGUACAAGGCAAAGCGGAAAGAAGAUGGGGCGAUUGUGGCGCUCAAAAAGUGCUUCAAGCGGAGGCUGGUUAUGGGCCAAGUUGAGAACUUGAUGAGGGAGGUGCAUGCCCUGGAACGAGUGGACCACCCUAAUGUGGUGAAAUUGUUGGACCACUACAAGAUGGGCUCAGCGCUCAUCCUCAUCUUCGAGUUCUGCCCCGCGGACCUUGCCCAACUGCUGCGCAACUCGGAAGCGCCCUUAGACGAGGCCGCCGUCAAAGGCUGGUUCAUCCAGCUCCUGAGAGGCAUCGCGGCAUGCCAUUCUGCAGGGAUUAUGCACAGAGACCUGAAGCCGGCCAAUCUUCUGAUUGCUUCCGACGGAACGCUCAAGGUCGCCGAUUUCGGAUUGGCCCGUGAGUACGUGGCAGACGACGAUCGGCUCUACACGCACACCGUCGCCACCCGGUGGUACCGCGCCCCCGAGCUUCUUUACGGCGCCUGCCGCUACGGCCCCGCCGUCGACAUGUGGGCCGCUGGAUGCAUCUUCGCAGAGCUGCUCACCGGCAAACCCCUUUUUCCCGGGGACCACGACAUCGACCAGCUGAACCGCGUGAUCCGCACGCUCGGGACGGCAGAUGAUGCCACGUGGCCCGGCGUCAGCGCGCUCCCCGACUACGGAAAGAUCCUCUUUGCGCCCUGCGAGAGGGUGUCGUGGCCGGGGCUGGUCCCGGGGGGAUCCCCCGGCGCGAUUGAGUUGCUGGACGGGCUGAUACGGUAUGAUCCUGCGAGUCGCUUGACGGCACGGGAGGCGCUCGAGCACCGUUACUUCAAGGAAGACCCGCUGCCGCUCUCUCCUGCGGACUUAACGGUACCCCCCCCAGGGGCAAGCCCGAAUACCGACGAGGACUGGGAGCUGUUUAGCCCAAUCUCCCCGCCUCCUUUGUCGCCCCCUUAUCUUCCAGAUGAAAUCCCCACGCCGCCAGCCCAUGCUACUCCAGGCAUUCACAAUGACCCUUGAAUUUAUCUUGCGGAUUCUGGCUGGUUCCGGUGGUCAAAUUAAUAGCAUGCCGGAACCUACGUCUACUAAUGCCUAAGAGCGUUAUCAUAGAUCACUUACGUAAGUUUAUGAAGGGUCUUCUGAGAAGAACGGUUGUUUGGACGAGGAGACUACAAACCCAGAAGCUACAUUUCGAAGUUGAUUGUUCAAUAGUUAUACUUCCUGCAAAAGUGGCGGCCAAGCCAUUGACCCAUGCUGUGGUCGGAUGAAGCGCAGUCGCUUGCCUAAGUGCCGACUCUUAGCAAGGUUUCACUUCAAUGUACAUGUGACAAAAGCAGUCAAUGAGAGUCAUG